AUGGCUAACCACAAGAGAAGGUGUUUUCACUUUCAGAGCGGUAUACGGGCCGAUGAGGACCAUUCUACUAUGCUUUUCCACUCUCCCCGGGCUGUUGCUGUGGUUUGGGCCAGUUCUGGAGACAAUCUGGUAAGAAAAAAAAGAAUCUGGAUUCCCCCAGCAAAACCACUGGAGGAAAAUAUAGACAACACUCAGAAGGACUAUAUUACCAAGAUUUUUUCAGAUUUUGAUGAUGGCACAGGGAAUAUUAAGUACUCCCUGGAAGGCAUUGGUGCUAACCAAGAGCCCAGAAACGUGUUUACAGUCAACUCUAAAAGUGGACUAAUUCGUGUGACCCAAGUGCUUGACAGGGAGUUCAUUGAUACAUACAAUCUCUUGGGUGUUGCCAGGUUCAGGGAUGAUGACAGGCUGGCAGAGAAGAAAAUUGACAUACGACUCAAGGUUUUGGAUCAGAAUGACAAUGCUCCAGUGUUUGGAGUCAUGAAGGCCGGGGAGGUGGCUGAGCUCAGUCCUGCAGGAACAUCAGUUAUGAAAGUCAUUGCAACUGAUGCUGAUGAACCAGGGAAUGAGAACUCUCAGAUUGCCUACUCCAUCAUAGCCCAGAGUCCAUUCAACGACAUGUUCUAUAUGAGAAGUGAUGGGACUGUCUUCGUCAACAAGCCUUCCCUAGACAGAGAGAAAGUAGAUCAAUACAUUCUGACAGUGAGAGGUCAAGACCUCAAUGGCAAACCAGGGGGAAACAGUGGAACUGGCACCGUUACUAUUAACAUCCAAGAUGUGAAUGACAACCUUCCGACUUUGGAAAAAGAGAAGUAUGAGGGCAGCAUUGAGGAAAACACACAGGGUGUGGAGGUGAUGAGACUCAAAUCUCAGGACCUGGACCUGAAGAACACAGACAACUGGGAAGCUGUGUAUGAUAUUGUCAAAGGCAAUGAGGCUGGGUACUUCAGCAUUAGAACAGAUCCCGUCACCAACGAGGGAAUCCUAAUGCUGGACAAGGCUGUGGAUUAUGAAGAUGUGAAGGAUCUUGAUCUAGGAAUAACUGUGAGGAACAAGGCUCCACCAUAUGAUGGAUCUAGUGUAUAUUCAGGGGGUGGUAUAAGUUUUGGAGGUGGAGCAGGGGGAGCAGGAGGAGCAGGGGGAGCAGGUGGAGCAGGAGGAGCAAGUGGAGCAGGAGGAGGAGGUGGUGCCGGUGCAGGAGGUGCAUCUGGAGGAUCAUCAUGGCAAAGUGUGACCACAUAUAAAACCUAUCCAGUCAAAAUCAAUGUGAAGAACCAGGUUGAGGGGCCACAUUUUGACCCCAAAGUCAAAGCUAUUCCCAUCUCAGAGGGAGGCCACUCCAUCAAUAUUAACAAUGCUAUUGCCCGCUAUGCUGCAAUAGAUGGAGACACUGGGAAACAAGCUGAGAAUGUCAGGUAUGCCAAAGGCUCAGACCUUGACAACUGGCUAACCAUCGACCCAAAGACCGCUGACAUCAAACUGAACAAGAUGCCUGACAGAGAAUCUCCAUUCCUGGUCAAUGGGACAUAUUUUGCUAAAAUACUCUGCAUUUCAGAAGACAUGCCUGAUAAAACAGCCACUGGCACCAUAGCCAUCCAGGUGGAAGAUUUUAAUGAUCACUGCCCCACCCUUACCAGUAACAUCCAGACUAUGUGUACCACACAUGAUGCUGUUACUGUGAGCGCUGCAGAUGCGGAUCCAUUCCCUAACGGGCCUCCUUUUGACUUCGUCAUCAUCCAAGAGGGCACUCAGGGCAAAUGGCAGGUUGAGCAUCUCAAUGACACUGCAGCUAUCCUGAGGGCCCAGGAGCACCUGUGGCCUGGAGUCUAUGAAGUGGAAUUCAGUGUGAAGGAUGAGCAGGGCCUGGCCUGUCCAGAACCACAGAAAGUCAAGGUCCAAGUCUGUACCUGUGAGGAUGGAGUAGCAUGUGGAAAACGAGAUGACAGCAAAGAAACAAAGUUAGGACCUGCGGGCAUCGGGCUGCUACUGCUGGGCCUGCUGCUCUUACUACUCAUUCCUCUGUUGCUGCUCUUCUGCCAAUGUGGGAGUGGUGCAGGUCUACCAGGGGGUUUUACUGAGAUGCCUUUUGAUACCAAAUCACACCUCAUCAACUACCGCACUGAGGGCCAAGGAGAGAAUGCAGAGGUGCCACUGAUAAACAUGCCAACACAGGUGGAUGGGAAUGGUUUCAAAAUGAGGGAUAGUGGUGCCUCAGCAAUGGUGAAGUCUGUCGCUUCCAUGGAUGGGAUAAAUGAGGCCCAGUAUUCAGGUGGUUUUGCUGGUGGCCAAAUGGAAGAAGCAUGGGCAAACAGGAACCAGUGGAACAUCGGUGGCUCCUACCAUACGGCUAGGUUUGAGGACAGGGGAGCAGCAGGAGGAGGUGGCGGAGGAAUUUAUGAUGGCAUAGCUCUGCCAGACCACUUCCUUGGACAGUACUACACUCAGAAGGCCAAUGAAAAUGAGAACCUUGGAUUUAAGGAAAGUCUCCUGGUGUAUGACUAUGAAGGCCAGGGCUCCUCUGCCGGCUCAGUGGGCUGCUGCAGCCUCCUGGAGUCUGACAAUGACCUGCAGUUCCUCAAUGACCUUGGACCAAAGUUCAAGACCCUUGCAGAGGUGUGUGGAGGGAAGACCAUCUCAACUGAAGUCAAACAAGCUUUCACUCCCCUGCCCAGUUCCUCCAUGAACACUCAGACCUCAAUAUCAAGUUUGGUGACUGCUCCACAGUUGCCCGCUCCACCAAAGCUGCAGCCGAUCGUUCCCAAAACAGAGCAGACUGUGGUCAGGGAGACAUCUGAGCAUUCUCAGGUGGUGAACGAAAGCACAGCCACAGUGAGUGGAGGGAUGACCACAGUGAAGGAAGGAAUGGCAAAUCAAGGCCAAAUGCUCUUGCUACAGCAGCCUGUCUACUACACCACCGCCCCUAUGCUUCAGCAGAUGCACUAUGUAGUUCAGCCACAAGUUCAGAACACCGUGUUGCUGGCUGAGGCACCGGCCGCCAACAUGCAGGGCAUGGUAUUAGUUAACGGCACCCAGACUGGACCUGCCCAAGGUGUGGUUGUUCAGGGGCAGACAGUGAUGUCCAGUGGACAAGGCCAAGGUCUUGGCAUGGUGCUGGUGGAGAGGAGUGGAGUCCAGGGUGGUGGUACCAACCUGAUCCAAACUGGAAACCUCUCUGGCUCCCAGGCCAUGAUGGUUGUGGAAGGCAAGGUCCCUGCAGGGUCGAUGAAAGUGCUGAAAGGGAGCCAGACCCAUCUCGUACAGGGAGGUACUCUACAGUCAGGACUUUCAGGAUCUCAGAGAGUCCUGGUGGUUGGAGAACCAACAAGCAGUGGAGGGCAGCUGGUUCAGGGAGCAGGGAGUCUUUCCCAGAAGAGUGAUGUCUCUGGCUCUCAGAGAGUCCUCCACAGCAAGGGCAGUGUGAUCCCUGGAUCUCAAAGUAGUGUGGUGGGUUCUUCUACUACCACAGUAAGCCCAACCCCUACCUACCGCAAGAUAGUGGUGCAGGAGACCAAAGAAAUUCACUGAAUAAGAGAUGAUCAGGACAACAGCCAAUCUUUUCAGUGAUACCACUGAGACUGCUCUUCUGGCCUGGUCCAGCUGGUGAUGGGAUUCAGCUAAUGCUUUUAAUGCAGUGAAUGGAGAGAGGGCAGGUUCCCCAUACUCCCUCUUUUUAAAUUGGACAAUGCAAUUCAUUAUAUCAUGUGUCAUUUAGCACCCACCCCCACCAAACAGCACCCUCCUAAAGGCCCAGGGUCCAAUGUAAAAAAUGUAAGGUAGACAAUGGAAUGGAAAUUACAUAUUAACAAGCCAAUCCCUCCAAACCAUCCCACCCACAAAUACACACCUCUCUGCAUUCUGUACACACACUGAUGUUUUGUUGUUAGUAUGCCAUUCAUCUGUUAACUA